UAAAAAUAGAGGAAAGAAACAAUGGCCAGAUUACGUUUAAGAGAACUAGAGGAAUAUCUACAGGAACUUGAAGUUUUUGAUAAGCCAAAGAUAUUACUUGAACAAUAUCCAACAAGUGGUCAUAUUGCCGCAAAUAUUUUAUACACUGCCCAAUCGCAAUUUAACGAUUUGGAAAAUUGUCUUGUCGCCGAUUUGGGAACCGGAUGUGGAACACUCGCCCUAGGAGCACAAAUGCUUGGCGCCUCAAGUGUCAUUGGUUUUGAAAUUGAUCGCGACGCACUGCAAACUUUUUACAAUAAUUGUCAAGAAAUGGAAUUAGACAUUGAAGCGGUGCAGUGCGAUGUUCUUCAAUAUUUACCAGGAAAAUUCGAGAAAUAUUUCGAUACGGUGAUUAUGAAUCCGCCAUUUGGUACAAAGCAUAAUGCAGGUAUUGAUAUGAAAUUUUUGGAAAUUGGAACAAAACUCGCGCGUAAAGCCGUUUAUUCAUUGCACAAGAGAAGUACACGAAAUUAUGUAUUAAAAAAAGGUAUUCAACUUGGAACGAAGGCGAAAGUAAUUGCUGAAUUAAGAUACGAUUUACCGCAAGUUUAUAAAUUUCAUAAAAAAGCGUCUGUCGACAUCGAGGUAGAUUUUAUAAGAUUUGAAUUAAAUUCGUGAAAUUGA